UGUUGGCGGGCGUGUCUAGCGCCGUCGGGCGUCCCUGGCUCCCGGGGCUGCACGGCCUCUCCGGACUGGGCGUGCGGGUGAGUGACGGCGGCCUCCGCCAAUGGCGCCGGGAGGGGGCGGCCCCGCUGCCGCUCCGGCUCCCGCUCGGGCUUCUGCUGCUGUCUCCUUCGCUGGUAGCUCGUAGGUCCCUCUGAAGAUGUGACCAUGGCUGGACCAAGGCAGCCAGAGCUGCACUUCCCAUUUAUCGCUUUGGGAUGGAGAUUUCUUCCCACCAGUUUCAUCUCCUGGAGCAACUCAAUGAGCAACGUAGGCAAGACCUGUUCUGUGACUGCAAUAUCCUGGUUGAGGGGAAGGUUUUCAAAGCACAUCGAAAUGUGCUGUUUGCCAGUAGUGGCUAUUUCAAAAUGCUCCUUUCCCAGAGCUCGAAGGAGACUAGUCAGCCAACAACUGCUACCUUCCAGGCAUUUUCUCCUGACACUUUUACUGUUAUUCUAGAUUUUGUUUAUUCAGGCAAACUGUCUCUCACUGGUCAAAAUGUCAUCGAAGUCAUGUCAGCUGCCAGCUAUCUUCAGAUGACUGAUGUUAUUAGUGUUUGUAAGACAUUCAUUAAGUCAUCACUGGACAUCAGUGAGAAAGAGAAGGAUCGCUAUUUCAGCCUGUCAGACAAAGAUGUAAAUUCAAAUGGUGUGGAACGCUCCUGCUUGUAUGGUGCUGGCUGGAGGGCGGAAAGCAGCCCCCCUCAUUCUCACCUAAGUCCAGAGCAAGGGUCUUGCAUGAUGGGUGGAAAUACAUGGAGCAGUUUCACCUACUAUCCGUCUUCUCGAAGUACACAGCAGCAACUGGCCAAACAUGACCAAAGGCAGGAUUCCAUUAAAAAACCCAGACAUCUAGGACUGCAACAGCCUUCUGACAUUCCCCACUAUAAAUCAAGUAAGCUCGAAGACCGAGCUUCAGAGCCUACAAGUCACAUGUCUCCAUCUGAAGAGCAAGUUCAGAUUGAAACAGAAGUUGAGUCUCCCCAUGUUGGGUACCAGUAUGGUCAAGGAUCUGACGUGCUACAGAGGAGUUUAGCUGUGUCGCAGCAAGAGCAUGAAUCACCCCGUUCUUCUAGCAAGUCAAAGUCUUCAAAAGCAGACGAGCAAUAUGCCAACAUACCCUCAAUUUUAGGUGUAAUGGGAGGCUGGGCUGAUGAUGACCUGCCCAGGAUGAGAUUCAAAUGUCCAUUCUGCACCCACGUGGUGAAGCGAAAAGCAGACCUAAAGCGGCAUCUGCGUUGCCAUACUGGAGAACGACCUUAUCCAUGUGAGGCAUGUGGAAAAAGAUUUAGCAGACUAGAUCACCUAAGUAGCCAUUUUCGAACAAUUCAUCAGGCGUGCAAGCCAAUCUGCAGAAAGUGUAAACGCCAUGUGACUGAGCUGACGGGACAAGUGGUCCAAGAGGGAACAAGACGUUACAGACUGUGUAAUGAGUGUCUAGCAGAAGCUGGCAUAGACAGCAUCCGCAUUGACUUGGAGGCUGAGCCAUCACUAGAAUUUCCACAAGAAGGGGAUAAGGAUUCCAGGUGGCACUAUGGUGAAGACAACAGAUCUGAUGUGGAGAUUGUGGAGGAUGGGUCCACUGACUUGGUCAUUCAACAGGUUGAUGACAGUGAGGAUGAACCAGAAGAAAAGGAAGUCAAGCCAAAUAUUAGGUAGUUAUGAGUGAAACGAAGAGUAAGUCUCUUCACAUUGAAUUCCUGUGUCUUGACCAUAAGCACCCAACCAGCCAGUCUUUAACAUACAAAAAUCUGUUGGCUUGCUAUGAACUCAUCCUAAUUGCAUGCACUUAUGGACAUGCCAUUGAGUCCAUUCUGAAUUUUGUUAUUCAAAGUACCAGUAUUUUGCUUCAUUAGAAAGAAUACAUCCCAAGAUGGAAUAAUGGAUGAGCAAAGGAACUGAACUACUACUCCGAUUAGUUUUUUUAUAAUAGGCAAUGAGUCCUUUCAUCAGUGGUUGGGCGGGAGGUGGGAGGGUUUAAAUAAUUUAAAAUAAAUCUCAGAAAAUUAUUGUAAAUUACCCAAAUUUUAAAACAUUUAGAGGUUUGGGUUUUUUUAUAUGCCAUGUCACCUGAUGACAACAAAGUGCAAAAGAGGUAACUUGGUGUAGCAUAUAAACAAUACCCUUUUUCAGAAUCCGAAAUGAGGGUAAUCUUCCAUGCAUUUUAAUGAAGUCUUCAUAUUGAGUUUAGAGGAUCCAGGUAGAGCAUUCAGUAAUAAUGUAUAUAAAAUGUUUUGGAUGCUAUAGCACAUACAUCUGGAAAAGCACUUUCUUGUAAAAUUUAUUCUAAUAAGGAAAAACUUUAGCAGACCAUUCAUUCAGGAAAACUUUCUUUACUAGAAAAUAAACACAUGAACAAUAUUCCUAGUCAGUACACCACAAAUCAAGUAAUUGCUGAGACAUAUCAUUCCAUAAUAAUACUAAAUGUUUUGUUCACUCUGGAAAGUGGGAAUACUGUUUCUUCUAUCAAACAUUUCUGAUCUUUUGUUAAACAUAAAAAAAAAUUGUACUUCUUAAAAUGCCAAGCCAAUGUGACUACCAAUUGUUAUGUACAGAACAGAUACAGCACUACCAAUGGCAUUCAAACUUCCCAGGAACUCUGAAGGAAACACCUUCUGGGAUAAAAUGGUAUUUCAGCCCUCA